AUGGCGGAAUGUUUUGGAUGUGGUUUUAGAUAUCUUGAUAUUAUAAAUCCUAGAUGUUUAUUUGGCAUGCCUGGAGUCACAAAGGGAGAGAAUUUUGAUUACCUAUUCAAAAUAGUUCUGAUAGGAGACUCGGCUGUCGGAAAGACAAAUCUUUUGGCGAAACUGACAAGAAAUGAGUUCUAUAAGGAUUCAAAGGCAACAAUAGGUGUUGAGUUUGGUACAAUCACAUUCAAGAUAGGCGAAGACAUCGUUAAGGCACAAAUAUGGGAUACUGCAGGCCAGGAGCGAUACCAGGCAAUUGUUCAGGCAUAUUAUAGAGGAACAUCUGGUGCCGUCAUCGUCUACGACAUCACAAACAAGGAUAGCCUUAAGAAGGCCACCAGUCUUUGGCUUAAGCAACUCAAAGACUUUUCUCCAAGCGAAAUACCGAUUGUGCUCAUUGGAAACAAGAAGGACUUGGAAGAUUACAGAGCAAUAGCCACAGAGAAAGGGAAGGAGGAAGCAGUUGCAAACGAGCUGUCGUUCUUUGAAACCUCUGCAUUGACUGGAGAAAACGUCCGGGAGGCAUUUUUUGAGCUUGCCAAGACGAUUCAUAAGAAGAUGAAAGCCCCAAAAGCUUCUGCAGGAAAGCGACGUCUCAAGAGUGUUGAGUUCAAGAAAGAGAACCUGAAGGAAGUGAAACCCAACCCCAAGAGAGGUUGUUGCUAG